GGGGAGGAUUGCUUGGAGUUCAAGCUAGAGAGAUGGAUCAAAGAUGGGAGGGUUGUGAGAGAGAAUCAGUUCAAGUAUGUUGUGUUCAAUGCUAGUUCAAGGAUGUGUUUGGGGAAGAAAUUUGCCUACACACAGAUGAAGAUGGUGGAUGCUUCAUUCUUGUGGAGGUACUUUGUUGAAGUUGUUGAUGGGCAGUGUGUUGUUCCGAAGGAAACAACCACACUUUACAUGAAGCAUGGACUGUUGGUGAAGCUUAAGCCAAGGGGAAUUUGUUAA